AUGCAGGACAUUAUUGACCAUUUACCCAAAUUGCCUGAAAUCCAACAACAAAAACUAACUAUUCCUGAAUUCGACGAAAUUGAAGUCAAAACAACUGACUCAGUAGAAAUAAAGAAGUUCAUACGUAAAGUAAAUUAUGAAUUCCUUGGUUUUCAUUGCAACCAUAAAGUUAUGGACAAAGAUUGCGACAUGGUUUAUAAGAAUGUUUCUGACAUAUAUAAAUCUGAAGAAUUUAAGACCUACGAUAACUUUGUUUCAUUAGUUGCUGAAUGUGUUUGGGAAAUAAGAGAUAAAGAUAGAAGAGGCAAAGUAUGGAACGAACAACUAAGACCCGCUAUGUUUGAGAUGAAGAGAGCAAUUGACGCCUUAGUUGUUUUAGCAGGUCAAAUUUCAAUGUA